AUGAAACACGUAAUUAUCAACAUCAUCAUCGUUAUACAUCGCCACUUGAAAAAACUCGACAAACUUAAUAAUAGAUAUGUGAAGAAAAAGGUCGAACAAAAUAACAAAUAUAAAGCAUUGUAUGAAAAUGGUGAAUGUAGUAAAUUCGAAUUAUCAUCAUCGUUAUUUACACAAUUUUAUAUCAAUCGUGAAACAUCAAUCGGUGUUCUCAAUGAUCUAAUCGAUUACGCUUAUUGCAUUCAAACUUAUUCAAUCGAUACGGAAGAUCAAUUACAACAACCACCUACACCAUCUGAACCUGCUUUAAUACAAAUACAAUUUGUUCACGAAAAGGAUCCAUCAAUAAUCAUCCUCAUCGAAACACAUCAUCUGCCACCUGAACGCUCUUCAAAAUUUGAUAAAAUUAAACAAUUAUGUCAAACAAUAUUAUCAUCAAAUAACAUCGUUAGUUUUUGGGGUGAUCCAAAAGUCGAAUUAAGCAAAUUUACCCGGUUUAAUCUUUUCGACAAUGAUGAUAUUCAACGUAUGGUCCCGAAAAAUAUUCAAGCUGAUUUUAAAGCUUGGUUUAAUUGCACCUAUCCAACAUCAACUCAUUGUAAAGAUGAACCAAAUGAUAUAUACUCAUUACAAGCAGCAAUUUAUUUGGCAUUUAAUGAAUGGCUCGAUAAACGCUUGACAUUGGCUAAUUGGGGCUGCGGUAUUGAUUGGUCAUUGAAAACUUAUUUAUCAUCGAACAAUAUGCACGACCAACAAUCCAGAAUUAUUCAAGAUGAAGAAGAAAUACGUACAUUAAUGACGACUUACGCCUCUAAUGAUUGUUUAGCCGUUGCGAAGCUAUACCAAACGAUGGAAUCAUGCAAAUCAUCCAAAGUAAUAUUAGAAAAUCGUAAUCUAACUACUUUAGAUCAUGAACAGAUGGAAACAUCACAACAACCUGAACCAUUAUCAAAUGAUCAUAAUGAUACAGUUGUAGUUCAUGUAUUACAUGAACGGCAUACUGUCGACAACAUCAUGGAAAUAGAUGAACCGAAGGUCGACAUAUUAUCCCCGGUUCAUGAACAACACAAUAAUAUUCUAGACGAACUAGAAGACAUUUCCGACGAUGAAUCAGAAGAUGUUCCCAAUAAUGAACCACAACGUUUAAUCCAACAUUCAGUAUCGCCGCAAGAAGAAAUCAGACCAACAACAUCGACACAUAAUUUACCAUUAAGUACAACAACUCAUGGCAUAUCAUCUCGUUCAAAAUUAACAAAAACACAACGUAACAAUUUAAAGAAACGUGCAAAUCGAUAUAAAUUCGAAAUUAUCCGCCAAAUAUACUCAAAAUUUACAAUAACGAAUGUUAAACAAAUAUUAACCGACAUGAACAUUUAUUGGGUGAACGUUAAUAUUGUUGGCAACACAUUAUUUUUGGGCUUAAAAAACGACACCAUUCGUCAACGUGUCGAUCAACAAUUACAGCAGGACAUGUUCACUAAAGAACACUAUGAACGUCUCGAAAAGAAACGUCAACGUCGUCAUCACCAUCAUCGCCAUCAUUAG